AUGACGAGUUCCAGUGGAGAUUUGGUCGGUGCCUCAAAUGACCCGUGUUGCCUGGAUGUGGGCCAAAGAAUUCGAAAAAAAAAAACUAUCGAGGAACGCCCGCUUGGGAAGACUUCCAGUCCGAAACAGAAAUGGCGACCUCCAUGCGCGGGGAUCGUGAAAAUUAAUGCGGAUGGAGCAGUGAAUCAGAACUCUAUGGAGACGGCGAGCGGAGGUGUGCUCCGUGACAAUUUUGGCAACUGGAUGUCAGGAUAUCACCGGGAUAUCAGUCGUUGUUCGAUGUUCCAAGACCAGUUGUGGGGCGUUUUUGACGGCCUUAAUAUUGCUUGGAAUCACGGCUUUCGGAACAUUAUAGUAGAGACGGUCCAGACGGAUAACAUGGACGAGGUCAAAAGCUUAACAUCUGCCGCCCGAGGUCAUGAACCUGCUGUUACCAGACGAGUAAGAGCUUUGCUUAAACAAAACUAG